AGUCGAAUUCAUAUUAUUGUAAUUGUACAUAAGAGUUUGUGAUUACAUACUUAGUGAUUCUUGUAUAUGUGUCCAAGAAAGUUUUAAUGGCUUGGUGGUAACUGUCAUGUAUUUAUGUCAUACUAACCCGGAUUUGAUCCUUUUCUUCGCAUUGUUUUUUCAUUUUUUACGAAAAAAUAAAUGAGAGAACGUCGCAAUUUCGGACUCUCUGAUUGGUUGAUUUUCCUAUCCUACGUGGAAACUCUCUCCAUGGCUUAUAUCCCCUUUUAGUAUUGUAUUGAUCAUAAUUACUUUGUAAAAUAUAUUGAAUCAGACAUCAGUGUGCAACUUUCUAUUCUUUUUUCUUUUUUUGCAACUUUCUAUUCUAUUUCUCAAUUUAUCAGAUUUAUUGUAAUAAUAUUUUCAUAAAAUAAUAAUGUAAAUAUAAAUGUACCAUAAACACAUGAAGUUAUACAUAUUAACGUAUAUUUUUAAGAUUAGUAAUAACUAAUCUAUUAUUCAAAGUUAAACUGAUACUUACAUUAUAAAGAGAAUGCAGCUGUAGUUUCACUUGUAUUCUUUACUUUAUCUUAUCAAAAAGAUAAGAAAAUCCAAAACACAUAACAACUUAGACGUAAUAUGCUUUUUCUUAGAUUCUUCGUCAUUAAGCUAAGCCAUCGUCUUCGUCAAGACCCACACACCAUUUUCUCUCCGUAAGUCUAAUUUGAAAGCUGAAUACAAACUCCAAAUCUUCGUUUCUUUAGGUAUAUAACUUUAACAUACAAAAAAAUGAAAGAAAUUCUACUAUGACGACCGAAGAGAAGAAAACAUACAUGUCAUAGCUUAAUAAUUGUUUAAUUAUAGCUUAUAUAUUUUCGUAACCUAUUUUUUACUGAAAAAGAAGACAUCUAGUCUUUUAUCUUUUAUAUAGUUUAAUAUGUUGUUCUUAUAGCAUUGAUCCAUAACACUAUGACAUCCUUACAUCCGUUGCUGAUGAUAACUGCAAGUUAUUAAUCGAAAUACAAAUGAAAUAUACACUAAUCCUACAAUGAAAAUGUGAAACUAAUAUCCUGUCUCUACACUUAAAGAGUAGUGCCAAGCAGCUAAGAGAUUAGAAGAUGAGAGUUGUGUAACAAAAAAGGAUAAAAGUAAUAAAAAGCAAUAUCGAAACAAAAGGUUUAAAAGAACUUAAAAACAAAUAAAAUAGUAAUACCUUAUAUCCAGAGUGCUAGUGGACAAGCAUUGCAAAUAAUCUCUAGAUUCACUCUAAUUAUAACAUUUUAAUUUUUAAAUACUUGGCGCUUCUUAAGUGGACAAACUAACCCUAAAUGGGUCCCAUGUGCACUUACUAAUUUUUCUCUAUAUAUAGCCACACAUGGUUCAUGUGACACUUCCCCUCCCUCUCUUGCUUUCAUUCUUCUCAUACUUACAAAAUUGAUCAUACCAAUAACCGGUUUAGUACUAUACCGGAUAUAUAUUUUUCCACUAAAAGAAAUGUCCUCAACCAGUUUAGAGCCGGUUCAUAUCUGCUUUGAUGAUGCUACCAUAACCGGAGAUGAAAUCACAGAAAUUUUGGCAUUUCUUCAAUCAGAUACGUCGGACAACCCGAGCGGUUCAAACGAGUUGGAAGCACCGGUUGAUGAGAGGAAGAGAAAGCGAACGAUGUCAAACCGGGAAUCAGCAAAGAGAUCAAGGUUAAGAAAGAAGAGACGUUUUGAGGACUUAACCGAAGAGGUAAACCGGCUGAAGUCUAAGAAUCAGGAGCUUGUUAACCAGCUGGCUAAUGUGUUGAGCUGUGGUAAUGCCAUAUCAAAGGAGAAUAACCGAUUGAAAACUGAAUCGGUUUGCCUUGAGAUCAGGCUUCUAGAGUUGUACCGUUUUUUAGUAGCCAUGCAAUCGCCAAUCUCAACGAGGUUAAAUUACAUUUCAAAGCUUAUGAUUUAAGUUAAAAACAAAAUCAAAAUUGAGAUUGAGCAUUUGUAAAGAGGUUUAACGAUUUUACUAAGAAGUUUUACGCUUCGGCUAAAAGAUACAUGUGUAUAUGUGAAUGUUUAUGUGUAAUCUAUAUGUGAAACUUAUUUUAUCAUUCUA